AGUACACUCUUUAGUAAUUGCGAGGAAUAAUUGCCGAAGAUAACAUCUAAGAAUCCUAUUCAAGUAGUAAAUAUAACAUCUGGACAAGAAGACUUUAAUUAGUCUUACCCAAAGACCUUCAUGAAGCAGUUCGACUCAUUUCUCUUCGCAUCACCGGCAAAAGUUCGUCCAGAGGCUCAGGCGAGAGCAAAUAAUGUUUUUAGCAGCUAUAUCAACCUACGCGAUAUCCUUAUGCGCCAUGAAGCAACAAUUCAGAAGCGCUGGAAUAAGAAAACGAGGCAGCAGAAGCAGAAGAUUCUGUUGAAUGCAUGGCCAGACAUGGCAGUAACACAUCGCCCAGACUUUGAUGCUUUCUGGCGGACCGGUAAAUCUCAUGGGGGCGCAUCUGAGGAAAAUUUCAGGGACUGCUAUCUAUUGCCGCAAAUCAACCAGGAAGAUCUUCUGAAGCCAAAAACGCUGCUCUUGCUACUAAACGCGCGAGGGCGUAACUCACCGUCAGAAUUCGCCGCCGCCGAUUUCGAAGCAAUGCACCUAGGUUUAGUCACCAAUAAUAUGAGGUCUAUAUUCCUAAUUGGAUAUACUUUAGCCCUUCAUGGCGCUCAUAAUGCUACUGAAUACGGCAAGCUCUGGGACUGGAGCGAGCACCCCGAAGCCCACGACUGGGUGGAUACUCGAAAGCAAUUCCUCCCUAGCGAAGGCUUGCUAAUUCUUGAGGCCCAAGAGAAGCUUAUGGAAUUCCUAGUUACUUGCUGCCAGUAUAUACUGCACGAUAUUCCAGCCGAUAGCCUCGUAGCAGAUACCUUUCCCGUUCAACCCGAGCCACAUUUGAAGACAGGAAAGGAAACGAAUGGCUUUGAUUCUUUGGCUGUGAUGGCAGCAGAGAUGCCUUACCGACUACCUGCCAGGCUAGAUCUCAGCCGAAUUGAGUCAGUUCUUGGCGCCAGACUAUCCGCAGCUGAAGACCAUCUAUGGGCCAUACGGGAAGAUCCAGCAUAUUUCCUUGAGCAGCUCAUUGAGGCUAAGGAACACCGGCAAGAGCUAUUAAAGGAUACUUGUGGAGAUGACCCCGUCUUCCGGAAAGUUCACGACAAGAUGUUCUGGGCUCGCGUCUAUGGAACAGUUCCUUUCGAGGCUUACUUACAUUAUCAGGCCUUUUCGGACCUGUACCAACAGGCCCAAGCACUACGGUUACUACAGAUCAAGUAUGCGGCCGUUAUAUCACCUACCAAAGACUUACCUGGGGAGCUGAUGAACGCUAUACUCAAAUUCCGUCGUUAUUUAUACCAAACAGCUAACGGCCCCGUGGGUGGACUUAAGGACGGCGUUGUUGCUUCUCCUCCGUGGCGUAAGUACUUUGUUCGCCAGCCGCCACCGAACCCUACCUCAACCACGAUUCGUACACAGCAGAAGAUGGGCGUAAAGAUGAGCACCAUUGAGCACCAGCUGUUCUGGAUUCUCCGUACGAUAUGGGACGACGGCGAGGAUCUCUUUUUUGCUCGCCUACCGCUAAUUGUCGACGAGCUGGGAAGGCUGCUUGAAACCGAACCACGCACACAGGAACUAGUAUCUCAGAGGAUCGCCGGCAUCAUUGGUGAUCUAGCCAUCAUCUCACAUUGCAUAAGCCAGAUCGAUCUAUAUCAGCCGUGGGCAAGGAGCUUUGAGAUGGCUUCAGCCAAUAUGUCAGACGACAUCGAAGAUGAAUUUAAGAAGCGCAUUAAAACAUGGGGCAUGUUCACGGAAGCGGUUCGAGAUAGAAACCUUGUCCAGAUCGCCCAGAUCGGUAAUCCUUCUGAUAGAAGAUUCGCCUACCCAUAUGAGAAACGCCGGACUAAGCAAAACGUAGAGGAACUGCGGCGAGCUGAGCAACAUCUCGACCAGUUCUGGGCAGGGUUUGACCGGGUUAUAAGUACAAAAUGCGGGGGUCUAAAGGGUACGGCCGUCCAUCGCGUCCUAUCCCAACCACGCGUGAUUCAACGUACACCAGACUGGGUUGACCCCCCACCAUCUGCAACGAAAGCGCCAGGCCGAGAACCAAUCCUGGAUCCAAACACUGCUGAUCUGUAUAAACCCCUCUCUACCAUCUAUAUUGGAGAACCAGCCGGAAUUACCAGCAACGAAGCUGAAGCGCUGACACCGAAGACCAAGACCAAGACAAGAGACUUAUCUUCUAAUGACGCCACGGGGCCGGCAACUCUCGUCAUAGAUGAAGACCCAAAACCUAAACCAAUUGCCAUCCCUGUCAACGCCCGCUCUCUUAAGGUAUUUCGUACACUCUUUUUUAACCCGGCUAUAGCGUCUUCGCCUGGCGAGGUCUCAUGGAACGACUUUCUACACGCCAUGACAUCUUCAGGCUUAUUUACGGCCGAGAAGCUAUACGGGUCCGUCUGGCAGUUCCAGAAACUAGAGGGCGACCAGAGCAUCCAAUUUCAUGAACCGCAUCCCCGAGGGAAGAUACCAUUCACGACUGCGAGGAGACAUGGGAGGAGGCUUAACAGGGCAUUUGGGUGGGGCGGGGAUACGUUUGUCCUCGAGUAGAAAUAAGGAAGGGUUUCUUGCUGCGCCCUUUGGUCUCGUAAUUGGGGUAUCAAUCCCGAGGCCGAGACUAUCGGGCCAAAUGAGUUAACCCUUUACAAGAACAAUACGAUAUAUCAACGACGGGUGGAUAGCGUAGGCAGGAUCUAUGGAGGGUAUUUAAAUGUAGUUCGAGAAAAAUCGUGUUGUCUAUUGCAGUGAAGAAAUAUAGCCUAGAGGCUCAGGUGUAUCUAGGUUCGUAUUUUAGGUAUCAAUAUAUGAGUGGUGUAAUUACUAUACUACCUA